AUGGAAGAAAGACUUCGCAAUGAACUUGCAGGGAUUAUAGGAAAAUGCAGCAACAUUGAAGAGGAGGCACUGAAAAAAGCCAUUAUGCAAAGUAAAACACCAAAGAAUGGGGACUUUGUCAUUCCAUUCUCACAGAUAACCAGAGAUGAAACACUUAUACAGACAGUCGCAGAGGCAAUAGUGACAGAAGGGUCUAUCAUAAGAAAGGUUGAAGUUAUCAAGCAGAUGCUGUGCAUAUACAUAGACGUAAAGAGCAUUUCACAUGAAAUAGUGAGUGAAAUACUUGGGAAGAAAGAGGCAUACGGAAGCAGCACAGAGGGAGAGGGCAAGACAGUUGUGAUUGACUUCAGCUCCCCAAACAUUGCAAAAGUAUUCCAUGCAGGCCAUCUGAGGACCACGAUCAUUGGAAACUACAUACAAAACAUAUACAAGAAGCUUGGGUACAAAACAGUCGCACUAAACUAUCUUGGGGACUGGGGAAAGCAGUUUGGGUUCCUGGCCAUAGGAUAUGCAAAGUACGCAGACCAGAAGAAAAUGGAAGAAGAUCCAAUUAGGCACCUAAAUGACAUAUAUGUGAGAAUGAACCAGGAGGCAGAGCAAGACCCCUCCCUGCACGACAGAGCCAGAGAGUUCUUCAAGAGAAUGGAAGAGGGAGACGAAGAAGCCGUCAGCGUAUGGCGAAACUUCCGAGAGCUAAGUAUUUCUAAGUACGAAGAAAUGUACGCCAGCAUGAACAUCCACUUUGACAUAUACUCAGGAGAGAGCUUCUACGGAGGAAAGGCAGCACUAGACAACAUCCAGACAAAGCCAUACCUCAUUCCAUGCGAAGACGGAUCGAAGAUAGCAGACCUUGGGCAACUUGGAAAGACAGUUCUUGUAAAGAAUGAUGGGUCUACCAUAUACAUCACACGGGAUGUUCUAUCAGCACAGGACAGAAUACAGAAGUACUCCCCGCACAAGCUUAUAUACGUGGUGGCCAGCCAACAAGACCUGCACUUCAAGCAGCUCUUCAAGCUCCUUGAGAUGGACGGGUACAGUCCGUCUCUCUUCCUGCACAUAAACUUCGGUAUGGUGAAGGGAAUGUCCACCAGACGAGGCACUGCAGUCUCUCUGGCAGACAUCAUUGACGUGGCGCAGGAUGCAGUAAUGGAGAAGAUGCAGGAAAGCGGCAAGGCAGAGCAAAUAUCUGAUAAAAAGAACACGUCCCGUACUCUGGCACUUUCUGCAAUUCUUGUGCAGGACUUUAAGGCAAAGCGUAUAAAGGACUAUGACUUUGACAUGAAAAAGAACACGUCCUUCAUUGGGGACACAGGCCCGUAUGUGCAGUAUACUCUCUGCCGCCUGGCAAGUAUUUCCAGGAAUGCAGUAUACCCAGUUGGAGACAUGGCUGGCCUAGACUUCACAGACCUGGGAAGUGACAAGUGCUACGAGCUUCUGUUCCUUCUGGGCAGAUAUCCUUCUGUUCUUGCAGAAAGUAUCCGGGGGCAUGAACCAUCAGUCAUUGUCACAUACAUCCUGCAGAUAUGCCAGCUGGUGAACUCAAUAUUCCGUGUUGUCUGGGUGGCUAACCAGCCAGAAGAAAUUGCUAGAGCCAGGCUCGCCAUGUACGAGGCCAUUAGGUACGUCUUGGCAGAUGCAGUGCGUAUUCUGGGAAUGAAGCCACUAGAGGUCAUGUAG